CCAGAGGUCAACAUCGCGCAUGAUUUUUUCGGCCUGCCAUGGAAGACGAGGCAACAAAGCGACGUGGGGCACUUGGAGUGGUGGAUUACGUGCUGGUCAUCGGUGCUGGGCUGGGCGGCCUUGCGGCGGUCCGUGAGCUGCGGAGAGGUUUCCAGGUCACCGUCGUGGACGCCAAGGAGUACUUCGAGUUCACUCCAGGCAUCCUCAGAGCUUAUGUUCAGCCAUCACACUGGGAGACGCUCAUCUUCCCGUAUCAGGAGGUGCUGGAGCGCCGUCUCAAGGUGACCUUUCUAUGGGGCGAGGUUUCGGCCAUAGACGCUGACGAACAUUAUGCCACGGUCAAGACCACCUCAGGAGAAGAGUUUGUGGAGUACCACUUCUGCCUCAUCGCCAGUGGGUGCAACUUCAACCAGUUUUCCCCCACUGGGGAGUCGCCUUGGUUCCCCGUGAUCCACGAGGUCAGCCGCAUGGCGAACUACCUGGACGAGCGGUACCUGGAGGGCCGGCGCCAGCGCAUCAUGCGGGAGAACCAGGAGUUGAACGAGCUGAACACCAGAGAGGCCAGCGUGCUGGUGGUGGGCGGAGGGUAUCAGGGCGUCCAGUGGGCCUGCGAGCUGAAGUUCUUCUUUCCGGCCCUAAGGGUCGUCUUGACCGACUUCAUGCCGCGUUGCUUGGGUCCCUUGCCGGAAGAUGCGGCCGCCUACUGCGAGGAGUACAUGAAGCGCGUGGGGAUCACCACGCAGUACAACGUCAAGUACGACGAGAAGAGCGCCGCCUUCUGGGACCGCAUCAAGCUCCCGUCCAGGGCAGACAAGACGUACUUACUCAGCGGGGCGAAGCAUUCCAAUUACUUCGUGGGGGAAGAAGUGUGGAGCAACCGAGGGCCGGGAGGGGGUGGAUGGAUCCUGGUGAAUAAGUACUUGCAGGUCGUCACAAAGUCUGGCGACCGCUGGGGCGAGGGCGUCGUUUUCGCCGUCGGCGACUGCGUCUUUGGCGGUGUGGGCGAGGCUCCAAAGUGGGAGAUCCCGCCGGUGCCCAAGACCGGCUUCCCAGCCGAGCAGCAGGCCAUCCAUGCGUGCCGCAACAUCAAGGCUCUGGACCGGAAGUGGUUUGCCAGGCGUUGCCUUUGCGUACCUUGGCAGCACACCUGCGGGCCGCGGAGCCUGCGGCCCUCGUGGUUCCCGUGGGCCGCCUCAGUCUUCGCCAUCUCGCUGGGCCCGCAGGACGGCGUGGUGAUCUGCGGCGCCUCGGAGAAGGGCGCUGGCCGGAUCUUCUGUCGGGGCAAGCUGGCCAGCGCGCUCAAGGAAGUGAUCGAGGCCACCAAGGUGGCCAGCAGCCGGCACGAGUUUGGGCUCUCCCGGAUACUGUGGCACUACAUCCACCAUUGUCGGGGCCCUUUAUGUUGUUGACGUGCCGGUUGGCAACAGGCUCUUCCGCGCUGUAUGCUCCGCUCGGAUC